AUGAAGAUUUUCAACGCAGUAAUUCUAUGUCUUUUCGCUAGUAUCGAGUUAGCUAUUGCUGCUACCAGUACUUCUAUACUUUCAUCAUGCACAACCCAAUCCGCUACCAAAUCUGUUGCCGUGCUUAAAACCAUCACAACACGCAGAGGCGAAUAUUUCUACGCUUUCAAUACUUUCUAUAGACCUCCUCCAACAACGGUUACAGUUACCCUUCCCGCCAGAUACACAAUUACCACCACUACCCGAACAACUCCCCCUGCAGCAGUUAUGGCAAGGGCCACAGACCCUGUAGUGAUUGGUGUUGACGGAGGCUCGAAAAAACCUCGAAGUCUCCCCGAUGAUGCUUCACGCGGAAUCUCUCUUCCACGAAUUGUGCCUAACAGGUUCAACCUCCGAUCUCUAUCUCCAAGGAAUAUGUAUCCUUACGUAGUAUACUGUGUAUAUGAGAUCAGAAGAUACUCAAUCACGACAGUUAUGGGUGCACAACAAACCGUAACAAAGACUGUCACCCCAAAAUACACAACGACGACUGUAGUUUAA